AUGACCACUGUCAAGUCCGGUGUCUACUUCAUCCAGAAUAUCGGUGCACUCAGCGUCCUGGACCUCACUGGCUCUUCCUCUAGCGGCACUGUGGUCCAAGGCUACGCUAAGCGCGAUCUUACCGACCCCUCGGCGAUCGCGCAGCUUUGGGUCAUUGCUCAGAUCAAAGGCACCACGCUGUACACAAUUCAGAACGCACAAGGUGGCACGUUCUUGGACCUGAAGGGCGGCGCAAGCGCGAACGAAACACCUGUCGUGGGAAAUUCGCAGUCUGGCAAGUCGAUCCAACAGUGGUCCAUCACGCCCAACGCAGCCAAUACGGCCUACAUGAUAGUCAACUCUUCAACCAAAACGGUUGUUGACUUGUUGAACGGGGGUACCGCUAACGGUACCGCUGUGAAUGGCUGGGGGACCGACGGUCCGUCCACGACCAACACGCAUCAGCUGUGGGUCCUCGUCCCCGCUUAA